CAGUUUGACAAUCAUCUAUUUUUGUUGAGUUGUUGAUGCUCGUGUAUAUUUUUAUUCGCAUAUUGAUUUACUUUGAGCUUGUGUUUGUGAAAUUCUAAAUCGUGAGAUUAACAGCUAGGAGAUAAGUUGUAAAUAUUUUGUUCCCUCUUAGGCCUUAAUUUUUCAUUCGGAGUUAUUACAAAAUGAUUCAAGUUGGUUGACUCAAUGAUAAAGCAUUGCGAUGUUUUUGUUUAUACUAAGCUUUCUACUUGCAUUCAGAAAUAAUUGUGAAGCGCAGAAUAAUGCGGGAUAUGAUAAUGUGACUCAUAGAAACUUUAUUUAUGAUACGUAUGAAUAUGAUAAAAUAAUAAGUGUGACAGUGAAUGAGACUACAACACAGAUACUUGACUUUACUGAGGAGUCAAAUAAAUGGCGCGGUUACCCUAGUCGUGUACAUGCCGCAUUAAAUGACACUCUUGAUGGGGAAUAUCCUGUCUUCAUAACAGCAACACAACAAAAGGGAGUUUCAUCAUGGGAAUUACCAUUAGUGGUGGCGACAUCAAAUGCUGUGCUGCAAUUCGACGACAUGGCGAGGACUUUAUGCCCACAUGAUGCUGGAUCCAAUAUAACAUCAGAGAAUCGUCCAAUGAUAGAAAUAACGACAGCAAAUCCUCGCAACACGUCUGUUAAUAUAAAACUACGGAGAGUUACUGAUUUCUACGUAGAAUUAGAUAAGGAGGUACCACUAAAUGUGACGCCGAGUACACCGAAAUAUUAUUAUUUCUCAUUUGACAAGGAUCCAUUGAACGCGAGUCAUAUUGAUAAAUCUAUAUUACCAAGGUUUAAUUACACGAUACCAAAAAGCGUGAUGUUGAUGAUUGAAUCUGACGACACAGUAUGUGCUGUAGUUUCCAUACAAAACAACUCGUGCCCAGUAUUUGACAAUGAAAAGGACAUGCUCUAUCAAGGAUAUCAUCUGACCAUGAUGACUAAAGGCGGCAUUAUAAUUACUCAAUCAAUGUUCCCAGUGGGUUUCUAUAUAGUGUUUAUAGUGAAGGAAAAUAAUGCGGACUGUACUGGCAUCAGUAUCGAUAGUGCUUCCAGCUUGCAAGAUUGGAUAGUUGAUGGUCGGGUGAAGAAUUUUAGAUUCCGCGUGGUGCCUGCGUUGACGUACACAGAGUAUAUAUCGGGAGUGUUGGCAGCAUUUGCUCUUGUGCUUAUAGUUGCUAUAUUUGCACCACUUUUGACUUUAUUAAGAUGUAACUUUACUGAAGAAAUAACAAUUAUAGAGGAUGAGCCGGGGCCGUCGUCUUCAGUGAAUGUGACGUCCAGUGAGACGCAGCCUAUCGCGCACACAGAUGAUUCAGAUUCAGAAGUGGAUUUGGAAGCAGAAAAAGAGCCAUUGCCCCAGGAGAUAGUGCUCAGUCCCCCGCUGACGCUGGCGGGGCUCAGCAGGGCGAAGCCCGGCGCGCAUAGCAGGCGCUCUGAUAGGUACUUUUGGAGUGCUCUCACAGUGGCCGUGGUAUACGCUUUGCCAGUUGUUCAACUGCUAUCUACUUACCAACGUAUGGUGUUCCAAACUGGUAACCAGGAUCUAUGUUACUACAACUUCCUGUGUGCUCACCCGCUGGGCUUCCUGUCUGACUUCAACCACGUGUACAGUAAUGUGGGCUACGUACUGCUAGGCCUGGUAUUCAUGGCGCAGACUUGGUGGCGACAGAUCAGACCUGCUAAUCAUCCAAAGAAUCUCGGUAUACCUCAACACCACGGUCUAUUCUACUCGAUGGGUUUGGCGCUGAUGAUGGAAGGUCUGCUCUCGGCCUGCUAUCAUCUAUGUCCAAAUAAAAUGAACUUUCAAUUUGAUUCAUCGUUCAUGUACGUGAUAGCAGUACUUGUGAUGGUAAAGUUGUACCAAAACAGGCAUCCUGAUGUAAACGCAAGCGCACACUCAACAUUCAUGCUGAUAGCCGUCGCCAUGUUUAUUGGUUAUUUUGGUAUCACAUAUCCGAGUGUGGCUUUCUGGAUAGUAUUCACAAUCCUGCAUCUCUACGUGUGCUUUAUACUUACUCUGAAGAUAUAUUACGUGGGUCGCUUCAGAUUGGGAUGUUUGAUAUUAAAACGUGCGUGGGUGUCACUGCGCACUCAUGGACGGCGCUCCUUCCUGCCGAGUUACACAGCGCGGGCGGUCCUGCUGGCGGUCGCCAACCUCGCCAACUGGGCGCUCGCUGCUUACGGUAUGUACUCACACAACAAAGACUUCGCGCGCCACCUCUUGGCGAUCCUGAUGGGUAACGCGAUCCUGUACAUGCUGAGCUAUGUGCUGAUGAAGCUGGUGCACCGCGAGCGCAUCCCCGCCUACGUGUGGGUGCAGCUCGCCCUCGCGCACGCAGCCUGGGUACUGGCGUUGCUGCUGUUCCUUGACUCGCGCACCAAGUGGUCGGAAACACCGGCUCAAUCUCGUCAACACAACGCAGCUUGCACUGCCCUGAGAUUCCUCGAUACACACGAUCUGUGGCACCUCGCCUCCGCGGCCGCCAUGUUCUUGUCCUUCAACGCUUUACUGGCCAUUGACGACCCGCUAGUUAACACGCCGCGACAUCUCAUACCUGUAUUCUAAUGUACUGACAUCUCUAUCACAUUAAUGGUCGGUUUUUGAGACCAAAAUCCCCGUAACAAAACAUAUGUGAAAGAUAAUGAAAGUAUGAUAUGUUUUAUACAGAGAUUUUGGUCUCGAAAACCAACGAUAAUUGAAUCAUGGCUGAACUAACGUGGAGUCUGCUACACCUACAUAUAAAGUAGAGGAAUUGAAUUAUAGCUUGACCGGGAAUACAAAAACCCUCGCCAUGAAUGUGAAAAUAUAAUAUCUUUGCGUAAAUCAUAACUGAUUGCAAUAAAGAAGCCGAUGGA